CGCGCUCCCUCAAUUGCUCCCCCUCGGCUUCCGCACCUCAGCGCCUUGAUGUCCCGGUCCGUGGCUGGUGGUCUCUGAGGUCGGCUCCGAGCCUGCGCUCACGAGUCUGGUCGUGCGAGAGGGACCCAGGUGUGCUCUGGGUCUCUUGGCCUCCGUCGCGAGCAGCCCGUCAGAAGAUCGGCUGAGAUCUGCCUGGAUUUAUGAAAACACAGCUCUUCUGUCCAAGUCUAGUGAUCGGAGGCACCAGCAGCUGGGCAGGAUCUGCUGUUGAACAUAUUUUCCAGUACCUCAACAACCAGGCAGUCACAAGGAGUUAAACUCUGGGAUGUGCACAGGAUGAUGGAAAACAAGGAUUUAGAAGCUGAAAUCCACCCCUUGAAGAAUGAAGACAGAAAAUCACAGGAAAAUCUUGGAAACAGAUUGAAAAAUGAAGAUAACUUAAAAAGUGCAGCUGCACAGUCCCGGCUCUCCCGAUGCCGAACAGUGGCAUUUUUUCUUUCACUGUUUAUCUGUCUUUUGGUGGUAUUUGUGGUCUCCUUCAUCAUCCCAUGUCCAGACCGACCAAUGUCACAGAGCAUGUGGAGGAUCGAUUACAAUGCAGCAGUCACCUAUGACUUUCUGGUCAUGGAAGACAUAAACAAGGACAAGAUCCGAGAUGUUGUCUUUCUUUAUAAAAAUACCAAUGGUAGUAACAGUUCCAACCGAUCCUGCACUGAUGAAGGAUUCUCUUCUCCCUGUGUCUUUAUGGCUGCUGUGUCAGGGGCUAACGGCAGUGUGCUCUGGGAGAGGCCCAUGGUCCAAGAUGUGGUAUUGGUGGAGUGCACCAUGCUCCAGCCAUCGGACAGUAAGACAUCCUCUGCCUGCAUCCUUGUGGGAAGACCUGGCUCUUUCCUUGCCAUUGACUUGUUAACAGGGGAAACCCUGUGGAACCACCCCAGUAGCUUUGGUGCGAACACGUCUAUCCUGAGCCCUCUGCUCCAAGUACCUGACAUCGACAGUGAUGGUGCCCCAGACCUGCUGAUCCUCACCCAAGAGGGAAAGGAGGUCAGCGGGUCCAUCUAUUCAGGCAGCACUGGGCACCAGAUUGGCAACAGAGGCAGCCUCGGUAUGGAUGGAAACAGCAGCCCCCUUCUUCACAUCACCAGGACGGGUGCACACUACAUUCUCUUGCCCUGUGCAAGCUCCCUGUGUGGCUGCUCUUUGAAGGAUCUCUAUGAGAAGGUGACCAGGAAAGAUGCACCGUUUAAGAGUGACCCCCACUGGGAAAACAUGCUUAAUGCCUCUACCCACAGGCUCCUCCCCAGCUCUGGAGCAGUUCGCUACCUGAUGAAUGUCCCAGGGAAGGCUGGCCAGGAUGUGCUGCUCGUUAGUUCAGAGGCCUGUGUGCUACUGGAUGGACAGGACCUGACUCCCAGGUGGACCCUUGAAGCAGCCCAGGUCCUGAGAAAACCUAUCCUUGGCCACUAUAAACCAGACACCCCAGCUGUGGUCAUUGAAAACGGAACUGGCAUUGAUAGACAGAUCCUGCUUCUUGACCUCCGCAGUGGGGCCAUCCUGUGGAGCCAGAUCCUUCCGAGUUUCCCUGGGGUCCUGCCAUCCACCAGCCUGCCAACUGCAGACCACCGCUCAGCCUUCUUCUUUUGGGGCCUCCGUGAAUUGACUGACACCAAUGAGAUGGAUCCCAGAGAUGCCCGGCACAGUCUGUACAUAUUCCAUCCUACCCUGCCCAGUGUCCUGCUGGAGGUGGCCAACGUCUCUGCCAACACUGUCGCCUUCAAUGUGAUCCUGCUUGAGUCAAGCCGCCAUGCUGCCUACGUCCUCCUGACAGGCCCAGCAAGCUCGGAUGUGCCUGGCCUGGUCUCUGUGAUCAAACACAAGGUGCGGGAUCUUGUCUCGGACAGCAGAGUGAUCCACCUGGAUGAAGGCAGGCCAGACAGUGACCAGGCCAUCAGAGAUAGGUUCUCCUGGCUGCGGUAUCGGAGCGAGGUGUAGAAACCAAACAUUCUGGGACAUCCACACUUCCCUCUGUCUCCACACUGAGUCUAGUGACAGUCUCCCCUGGGCAGCCAUGGCUUUAUAUGUCAAACCCAGGGACUUGAAUAGGGAAACCCUGAACCUCCUAGCCAGGACUCCGUGACCAUCACAUGGUCUCAUCCUGUCCCCUUUGGGGUUUUGUGCAGGCCAGGUUACCUUCCUGUGUUCUUGCUGGGCAGAGCUCAGGCCUGUGGCUUCUUACCCUCACUGGGAACCCCUGGCCACACCACCUUCUCUCUCACCAGAGAAGCCACUGCUGUGGGACAUGCUGCUCCCCAGCGCCUUCAGUGUAUCCCUUCCUCUUCUUCCUGCUUGGUUCUGUCCUCUGCUCCAUCCCCUACGAAUCAUGAACUCAUAGGGUGGUGAGCUCUGGGGUAACCUGAAGCCUUACAGCCUCAAUCCCUUCCCAGAGCAGAGGGAAUAUCUCCCAUGCAGUUUAAGGAACAGGGCUCAGCUGGGGGUUCUCCCUGAAUGGUGGGUAGAGCCAACUCUGGAGCUCACAAGUGCCCUCACUAUACACUGAAGCUGCUGACAUUAAAAAGGACCUGUGGCACUGGCAUGAUGAUCACCCCAGCCCUACCCUGGUGCUGCAUACUUGAUGCAGGGGGACUCACUUCUGUGCCUUCUUACCCCUGAGGCCCAAGGGCAGCUGUGCUUCAUGUGCAGCAGCCCUGCCCAGCCCUGGGGCCAAUAUUUGUAGCAAAGCAGCCUGACUGUAUCACCAUAGAAAACACCAGAAUAAACAUUUUUACACUGUUUGGAAAAGCCCCAA